UUUUUAAUCAUAUGGGUACUUCUGUGACGCGCACGUUUUUGGUGCAAAGAGAAAAGCGAAAAACGUAAACACCGGGAGUAUUGCACGAGGAUAUUAUCAAUUUAAUUCGCAUAUUUAAAAAUUGUUAAUGCCACAAUUAUAUCAUGUCUGGUUUGUGUGAGAAGAGUUAUGCUAUUGAUGCCAAGUUCAACAAUUUCUAUAAUGGUGGUGAUGUCGCUUGGUCCAAUGAUGGCCAAAUUUUUUAUUGUUCGAAUCAUACCGAAGUAUGUGCAGUGAAUGUCUCCACGGGCCAACUUGUGCGUUCAUACGGCACUAAUGUUGAAGCAGGAGAAACUGGCUUAUCGGCAGACAAAGCACCACGAUCGGAUGAUGAACAAUUAGAAGACGAAAUUCCUUGUUUUGCGCUUGCACCGGAUAACACUUUACUUGUAACAGCUCACCGCAGUGGAUUACUGCGUCUAUGGUCUAUCGAUACUGGUAAAGUCGUGAAAUUAUGGAAAUCUCAGCACCGAGGACCGAUAGUUAAAAUUCAUUUCAGCAAUUGUGGUAAGAUCAUUUGCUCUAGUGGUGCUGAUUCUUCUUUACGCAUAUGGGAUUAUGUACAUAGCACGUGUGUUUGCGCUUUGCGUGAAUUUUCCGGCCCAGCACUAGUUUUAGCAUUCCAUCCAGAUCCUACGCGCACGGAAGUGUAUGCAGCAGGCGCAGAUAAUGCAAUAUAUUGUUGGAACUAUGCAGAGAAGCGACUUUUGCGACAAAUGCGUGGACACCUUUCCCAGGUCACAGCUAUCACAUUUAUAGGCGGUGGAAAUGAUGGUGGUUAUGAUUUUGUAGCUUCGGUAAGUCGAGACAAAGUCUUAAUUGUAUGGCGGUUAGCCGAUGCAUCCCAGCACAAAGUUAUACCGAUGUAUGAAGAACUUGAAGGCGUAGUCUGUUUGAAUGAAAAUCUUGUCAACAAAGGGGCAUUUGAUGUGGUCGUAGCUUGUGCAUCCGGAGCCUUAAAGUUGGUUGAUUGUAAAACAGCUAAAUUAAUCACUUUGAGUGAGGACGCAAGCCAAGAGCUUCGACAACUACUAUAUUGUAAACACACUAAGCAAUUGGCUGUGGUUACGGUGGAACAAAAUAUUUUGAUAUACAAAGCAACUGGUGAAAGUGUGGAGACCAAAACACUGGAAUGUACAAAGCAAUUGAUCGGGUUUAAUGAUGAAAUACUUGAUAUUUGCUUUCUGGGCGAGAAUGACCGCUUCCUAGCUGUAGCUUCAAAUAGUAAAAAUAUUAAGAUAUAUGACACGGAAGCGAAUAUGAAUUGCAAAAUUGUUAGCGGACACAACGACACCGUAAUGACACUAGCCGCGGCUGGUGGCACUAAUUUGCUACUUUCUGCCGGAAAAGACCUUAGUAUUUUAUUAUGGAGAGUGAAUCCAAAUAACUUUACACUUUCGUGUAUUGCUCGCAACAACAGCAGUCACACUUCCACUAUUGGCUGUCUCGUGUUCGGCUGCAACACUGCGGCAUUCUUCGCUUCAGUUUCGCAAGACGGCAGUCUAAAAGUAUGGCAUCUGAAAAAAAACAAAGAUGCAGCACACUCCUUCAAUUUAAAGUACUCGGCACUGUCGCAUGACAAGGAGGUGAAUAGUGUCAGCUUUUCGCCCAACAAUAAACUUCUGGCUACAUCAUCGCAAGACAAAACUGCGAAAUUAUGGAGUGCUGAGACCAACACCUUAGUUGGCACGCUGCGUGGACAUACGCGAGGCGUUUGGUGCGUGCGAUUCUCGCCGGCUGAUCAAGUCGUACUAACUUCAUCCAGCGAUUGUACACUACGUCUUUGGUCGCUAUCCACACUAACUUGUAUAAAACGUUUUGAGCAAGAAUGCACUAUUCUGCGCGCAGAAUUCAUUGAUUACGGCAAAUAUAUAGUGUCUGCCGCAACCGAUGGUAUACUUAAGUUAUGGAGCAUUAAAACGAACGAAUGCGUACAAACACUGGAUGCGCAUACCGAUCGUAUUUGGUCUUUGGCCGUAUCAGCGCGCAGCGGUAAAUGUUUUUACAGUGGUGGUGCAGACUCCAAAUUAAUAAAGUGGCAAGAUGUUACCACACAGUGCCGGAACGAGGAGAUCGAUAAACGCGCACAAUUGAUGCGAGAGGAACAAACGCUACAGUCUUUGUUACAACAACGGCAAAAUAUGAAAAAAGCCUUCAUGUUAGCCCUUCGACUAGGCAAACCAAAAACAACCUACAACAUUAUAAGUGAAUAUGUGCGUGGGCGCAACACUGAACCCGUGCAUGAGAUAAUCAAUACGUUGAACGGGGAGCAGCGUGUGACGCUUAUGGAGCACACGAAGGCGUGGACAACUAAUUCGAGACAUUGCAAGAUAGCCAACCUGGUGUUGCACUAUUUGCUGAGUGAUUGCAUAGCAGCGCCGACAGAGCACGGGGUGCCUGGUAUGCGUAAUGUGGUAGAAGUACUGACGCCAUACCUCCAGCGGCAUCACAAACGUGUCAAUGAGCUGACCAAGGAGCUGAUGUUUCUCGAGUAUAUUGUCGAUGGAAUUUAGGGUUGUCUGGAAGCUGGUUAAUGUGGCGUUAUUGUUUGAUUGAGUUUUGUAGUACUACUAGUAGCGACAUGAUGAAAAAAUAAAACAUUUGCAAAUAUUGUCCAUUUCUUGUUAAUUAACCGAGAUUGGAUUGGUUGUAGAA